CGGGAUGUUCUACGCAGAGUGAGGGCCACGCUGAAGAAUGAGUCUUCCAGCCAAGAUUCAGAAAACCGAUGACCCUCUGAAGCAAACCCUCAUGGAGAUGCUACCUGAUGACAUCAUCAGCAAAGACUUUGAAGGGGAGACUUGGAAAUAUUCAUCCUAUAUGGACACGACGAUGGACACAGGGUUUGGCUCUGCCAACAUGGAGGGAGCCCUAGUGUUUGCCCCCAGCUCCAUUGUGCCCCGCUCUGCCAUGGUCAACCUGACCGCCCACAUCCUGGGAAGAGCCUUCAACCUGCUGGAGAUUGACCUUCGUGUAGAAAAUGCAGAUCCCCUUCUCAGAAAGUUGUUUGGUCACCACGAAGCUGCCCCCUCGCAUGACGACUCUGGCCCUCAAACCCCCGUAGAUCCUGUCAUGAGGGAGAAGAGGAGCAGUGAGGGGACAGUAGAAUUCAAUGAUGAUGGACCACCGGGACAGGGGGAGAAGGGGGGCUGCCAGGCCAGGUCCUCUCAUCUAAGACAAGCUGGAGCUAUGUUCACAGGGCACCAGCCAGUUGACCACGGCCUGCGCUGUGGGAUCGGCGUAAAGGUGUUCGGCAGUGAGUUGGUCUUCAUCACCUGUGAUGAUGUCGCCGCUCAAGGGAGGCAGCUGUCCCUCAGCUUGGCUGGGAUGGCAGUCCGGCUGCUGAAGGGUCAGGAUGUCCAGUUUCACCGUCAGGCCGUACUGGCCACGGAGGAGCUGAUCCUACCUUCUCUAUCUGGGUGGCCCAUCAAAGUGGCUGUCAACAUGUCUGCUUCGUUGAGUAUCCGAAUCAAGGGAAGCGCCGUCCUCAAGAGCUGGUCCCACUUUUCUGUCUCUGGCUAUGUUAAACCAAGUGCUUAUGUGGGGGUCUCGGCCCGGAUGGGGUUGGAGGGCCCCUGUGGUCGGGCAGGGGUUGAGUGGCUCUUGGGCCUUCGAAGCUCCACCAGUCUGGAUGGAGGUGUUCAGCUUCAGAGAGGGCAGGACCUGAAAGUGUCCCUCAACACUCCCGAGGACAGCCUGGACAUCGUUCAUUUCAGUUCCAGGAUGUACAGUGUGAGUGGGGAGAACAGGGAGGAGCUGAGAGUCUCCAGGGACCACACAGACAGGACCACCUGUAGUCCCCAGGACUGGUCCAGGGUGCUUGGAUGGCAGCUCUGCAGCCAGGUCUCCUACCCCUCGUCCCCGGGUGCUGUGUCACUGCCCCCACCUGGGCCGGUUCUCCUGUCCAUCAGGCUGCAGAAGCUGGAUCGAGGCCUUCAGCAGUACCUCCUGGAGGCUGCGUACUCACUGAUACCUCAGAAGGGCUCCUGGCUUCCCACGGAAGCCUCCCUGCACCUUUUCCUGGGUACGCCGCAGUCAAGCAUCCCGAGAGACCUGUCGUUGGACUUCACCUUCAGCUCCCCCAAACAGCGGCUGCUCUUGAAAAUCCGCCACCCGCUCAAGAGCAUCCAGGUUCAAGGUUGGCUCCCCAAGAGCUCCUCCCAAGCCGUGUCUAACAAAGGCUUAAAACAGGGCUCUCCGGCCUUUUUUGGCCAAGCGCCACAAUCGUUAGCGUGA